AUGGACACCAAAUCAGGUGGGUCAUCUCCAUUUCCUCCUGUAGGUUACAUAGAGGGCAUGUGGGUUGAGUGUAUACUCCCAAUCUGUGAAGAUGUUUUGCCAAGCAAUCGUGUCCGGUAUGCAGGAUUUUUUGGAUUUGGAUCUUCUUGUCUUUUGACAUCCCUCGAGCAUUCCACUGAAGGAUCUGUAGAAGUUAUGAUUCGCCCUGACAAGAGCGAUUUCUCUUAA